AUGAAGCAUUUCCACCUUGGGAAGUACAAGUGCGCAGUGGUGCUGGAGCAAGAUGUGGUUCUUCAAUCUAUUGACCGUGCCAUUGAGGCUGUGCACAAUGCGGCCAUGAAGAAUGGGGGAAAGUACAACCUGGAGCAGAGAGAUGUCCUCCAAAAACUGAUCCAUCACCGGAAGGAGACCGUGUCCCGCAAAGGUCACUCUCCCACCCCGCAGGGGAUGGUUAUGACGCAGUCCUCCAGCGAUCACCAUCUGGAUGUGGCACGGCAACCCAAUGGGGUGUGCCGGACAGGAUACGAGCGACAUCACAGUCUUCCAAACACGGAGUUCGAGGAGGAGGAUGAAGGUCUCUAUCAGAUCCCACCACAGCCCCGGCGUGCUGCUCCUAUCACCCCCCCACCUCCAGAGAAACGCAAGAACGUGCAGAUUGCUGCUCCUGUUAAAAACGCUGUUGAAAUUAUCCCUGGGUCAGCUUCUAGUGCCUCCUCUAUAAGCACAACAUCCCUGGAUACCUUGUACACCACUUCUUCUGUGUCAGAGACCGCUCCCCCAACAGCCACCUUGCCCUCCAGUCCUGCCAACCCCCCACCCCCCGUCCCAAGCCGGAGCGUCCACACCACAAUAACGCGUAAUUUGGAUGCCGGCUCUGUGGCCCACUCCCGCUAUGGGACUUCCCCAAAGGAUGGGGCCAGCAAAUCUCCCCAGACCAAGAGGGCUGCCCCGGCACCGCCAGCUGAAGGGGGGACCCAGAGGUCGCACACUGUGGAUGGGGAGAAGACUUCUCAGGUGAAGAAAGCUGCCCCGCUGCCCCCCACAAGCCUGGAUGCCUUCAACUCCCUCUGCUUGGAGGAUAAGGUGGCGGCUGCGGUGGAGCCAGUGCCAGCAGAACCCAGUGGUCUGGCAGUGUCCGUGCCCAAGACGAUAGGUGCCGAACUGAUUGAGCUGGUGCGCAGGAACACCCACCUCAGCUAUGAGCUGUCCCGCGUGGCCAUCGGCGUGGUCAUCGGCCACAUCCAGACCUCCAUCCCAGCAACCAGCAGCAUCAUGGAGCAGAUUCUCAUCUCCGUGGUGGAGAGUAAGAAUCUAAGUGCGGGGCUGCCCUCAGGACAGAUCUGCCAUGACGAGCAGCGGCUGGAGGUGAUCUUUGCAGAUCUGGCCAGGCACAAGGACGAUGCUCAGCAGCGCAGCUGGGCACUCUAUGAGGAUGAGAAUGUCAUCUGCUGCUACUUGGAGGAGCUGCUUCGCAUCCUGACAGAUGCAGACCCAGAAGUUUGCAAGAAGAUGUGUAAGAAGAAUGAGUUUGAAUCAGUCCUGUCCCUUGUGGCAUAUUAUCAGAUG